AUGUCAAAUUGCCAUGGUAGCCUAGGAGUAGAUCAUGGGGUUGGCUUUAAUCCUUUAGAUCAGCCUAUCACUAUGGAUGCGGCCCAGGGACGCACGCAAAAUGUUCUUGGGAGUUCUAUAGAGAAUCUUCAAGUGGAUGAAAGGAAUGAGAACAAUAAUAGCAGUGCAAUCAUACAUUCCGUUAAUUUGGUUAAGUCUGGGGGGACUUCUAAUCCGGCGAUGACAUCUUCGUUUCCCCACCACCAAAAUCUUAGGGAGUUACCUAGGCAAAGUCCGCGCACUGGUGGCUCCCUGGACUACUGUCAAGUCUUUGUGCGUCUGAAACCGAAGCUAAAACGCGCUCCUGGUGUCUAUAUCAUGUAUGAUAUUACGACCCCAAUGGUAGAAUCCGGAGGGGGAAAGACCACUGUAGAGGCCCCAAGUUCUUCGACAGGGUCUCUUUCUCCCUCACGGACCCCAACACCCCACUCCGUCCGCCCAAUGCGCCACUCAGACCUCCCUAGCCCCUCGAAGGAUCAGACAACCGGAAGUUUUCCCUACUCUCCACAAACUGGAGGCGGUCAUAAAAUUGUGAACAAACCUUCGGGUAAAAUUUUAUCCAUUACCAAACCAAACAUUGAGGAGGAAAGAAAUAUGCGAUUGACUUGUAAAUUCGAGUUCAACGACGUGCUAGGGCCCAAUACCUCUGACGUGGAUAUGUGCGCCCAAAUAGUUCCUUGUAUUCUUCAGAGGUUGAAUGCAGAUUACAACGUUUGUGUGCUAUGCUAUGGACAGAUAGGCAGCGGCAAGACCCAUACUACGAAUGCUCUUUCGCAAACAUUAAUCAAAGCGGUGUUUGACUCCAUUGUUAGUACGGACGUGGUCGAGCUAUCGUAUAUACAGGUAUACGGAAACAAAGCUCACAACUUACUAGCCAAGUCAUCGGAAAAGGAUGUGCUUGGGAUGCCACUUCCGAAACCUCGAGGUGGUCUUGGGUGUGAGCCGAGGUAUAUCGUAAAAAAUGAAUUAGACGCCGAGAACCGGAGGAGGGCGGCGCAGAUGUUCCGUUACACAAGCACUCACGCCCUCAACGCACGUAGUUCGCGUUCCCACACCCUAUUUUCCCUGCACAUCACUAAGUACAGGGAUGGAGUCCCGCGUUUGACCACCAAAGUGACCCUUGUGGAUUUGGCGGGAUCCGAACGCAUCGAGGAAAUUGGAGCCGCCGAAGAUGGCUCUGAUGAAGCAAUCGCGAUGGACAAAUCGAUCGCGAUGCUGCGUUCGUAUAUCGUUCAUGGCGCCAAUUCCAAGGACUUUGGCGCUUAUGGCGACUCCCUGCUGAUGACUUACCUUGUGCCGCGCUUGCAAAAUUGUCAUGUUAUCCUAAUCGUAACUGCUUCUCUUGGUAAGAAUAAUUUUGAAGCGACAAAAAAUUCUUUAGAGUUCGCUACAGCAAGCAAACUAAGAGUUGUCGAGAAGCAGAAAUGUGGAUUAGGAGAGCGUCUUAGUUUCAAUGGGUUCUAUGAGCAGGUGUUUACCAAUUUCAACGAAAUUCUAACAACAUUGCGCAAUAAGGCUUCUGCACUACGAGAGGAUCUCCGUUUAGAAUGGGAGCGACAUGACCGGCAGGCAAGGCCGCCCUCGCCACAAGAUCCAGAUGGAGAACUUCGGAUGUUGAACAAGGAUAAUAAACCCCACUAUGUCGAUACUUCACGUGUUGAGAAACAUCAGACUUCAUCAGAGCGCGGUGAGGGGUUCCCAAAGGAGAAACAGAGCAAUACGGUUGGUUUCAAAGAAGCUUUAGACCGAUUGACGGACUUGUUUUUAUGGAUUUGCAUGCAACUUGAUGAGCUGCGAGAACAGCGUGACGUGUUGGAAAAGACAGUCGAAGACUUACGCACCUGGAACUCUCGACUCGUUUCGAAGGUUGAGAGAUGCGCGUGCGAAAUUACGCAACGCGACGAACGUGUGGCGAAACUAGGUAGUAAACAACACUCCAUGAUGGAAGAGCUAGAUUCGCUAAAGGAUCGAAUCGAUCAGCUCCACCUGGAGUCGUUUUUAGGUUAUGUCGAUCGUACCGUACGGUGUGAAAUGAUGGAGAUAUUCAAAUAUGUGACCGAAACAAGGCGAAUUGACGACAUUGGUUUCAGCCGAAGUGACCUUAAGGCGUCUGAGAGCGAUACCACUGCUGACCAGACAUACCUUAGUAUCCAAAGGGAGUUGGAAGCCUCUGAGAAAAAAUAUGAGAAGCUUAAGGAGGAGUGGGAAAUAUGUUUGACGCUGAACAAGUUGAUGUGGAAUAGCUGCACCCCGCAGCAGAAGAUGUAUAUAUCUUCUGCGAAGACCACGGAUACCACGCCGCCGGGGGAUGGUGGGAUCCCUUCCCGGUAUUUGAUCGGCGUCGGCGACGGACACGACAUCGACGAUAACGUGCGAAGCGGGGAUGGAGGAGCAGCCGUGGACUGCCCGAGCGACUUGUCGUUUGGGAUGGAGAGUAUUAAAUUACGGUGCAUCGUGCGCGAUCUUAAAGCGACUCUGGAGGAGACCAUCUACGAACGUACCAAGGCCUUUGAAGAGUCCCACACACUUGCGCUGGAAAACGAGAGGCUACGACACGAGCUGCAGGAUGAGGUCGAAAAGAACAGGUGCUAUGAUAAAGAGAUGCGGCAGGUGAUGCAAUCUAUGUGGCUCUUACAUCAACAGGUCGAAAGCUCAAAUGCUUAUUUUGAGGGGCAAAAAAACAAGUGCGCUGAUCUCGCUGCUGCUUUGGAUCGCUCGGAUGAGGAGAACAAGCGACUUUCCUUGGAAAACGAAAAGCUCAAAGCCGAAGUUUGUUUGCUCAAGAAACAAAACGGGGCUGGAUAUCGGUGCAGCAAUGAACGUGAACCUUUUCACAUGUACAGUGCCUUUAAUGUACUGCAGAAACACUUCAUGAUACCCCCCACUAGCACUCUGAACAGCGCCAAUCACGGUGUUGUGGGAGCUCCAGCGACUUCGGGGCCUUCAGCGGUGGUGCAAGGCGCUUUGCAUGAGGUCCACACGGGCGGGGUCGCGCGGAAGACGGUCGUCCCUGGACGGCGUGUACUGGCUCGAUCCAAGAGUGCGCCUCGAAAGUAUCAAGUAUCUUCUCAACGUCAGUGCUUUAUGAGGUUGAAUUCCGAAGGUAAUAACUAUGGAUGGACAUCGUUGAACUGCAAACCUGGCAGCAAAUCUACCACAUUGCACCCUUAG